AUGGCUCGUGAAACAAAACUAGUGGCGGUGGGUGAUCGCAUUCCAAAGAUUGUGCACUUUGUUUAUGGUCUACGGGAUCCUGAACCCACGCUUGACUUGAUCCACUACACAGCUAUCAAGGCAGCACAUGAUAUAUUAAAGCCUGAAAAGAUUCUAUUUCAUUACCAUCAUUUACCAGUGGGAGAUAACUUUGAGCGCGCAAGGCAUAUGCUUACAUUACGUCAAGUACCAAUGGUUACAUCUGUAUUCAACCAACCCGUUAGUCAUUAUGCACAUAGAGCCGACGUUGUCCGAUUACAAGUCUUAGAAGAGUUUGGUGGUAUUUAUCUUGAUUUGGACUUGAUUUCUUUAAAGCCUGUGGAUCAUUUGCUAGAUAAAGAAUUCAUUAUGGCUCAAGAAGGUGUCGGUGGCUCUAUUGGAUUAUGUAAUGCCAUGAUUAUGGCAAGACCACAUUCUAGGUUUAUUCAACGAUGGUUUUCUACAUACGCCUCAUUUGACAGUGCCGAUUGGAAUUAUCAUUCUGUGGUAUUACCUGGAAAAUUAGCACCCUUUUUCCCCAAGGAAAUCACAGUUUUGAAUCAUACAGCUUUCUUUUGGCCACUGUGGGAUAGUGACGGUUUACGUACCUUAUACCUUGAAAAGAGUUACGAUUUCUCUGGUAAUUUAGGUACCCAUAUCUGGGAAUCAGCCUCCAACAAAAACUUAAUGAAGGAUGUUACCGAGAAAGUUAUUAUGGAAAUUGAUAAUAGUCUUUACUGUCAAUUACGUCCAUUUUUACUCGAUGGUAAAAAGGACCCAAGGCCCAAUGCCUGUCGUAUUUUGACCCAUACCGAAAGAGCUGAUAAAUUGGUGGGAAAUUGGACGUUAAUUGAACCUGUAGAUACUCAACGUAAAGAGACAAACCCUAUGCCCGCAGUGGAUGAAUCUGGCAAUGAUUUGGCGGGCCUCAUCAGAAACGGAAGAUACGAUAAAGAAGAUGGUUUGUAUCUAUCAGGUGAUACUAGUUACGUAUUUUUAAAUGUCCCCACUGAGACAUCUGCCAAAACAUUAACUGUAAGUUGGUGGAUGAAGACCUCGAGUAAAGAGAGUGGUAAAAUGGCAAUGGUAGUUCAGACGGAUCGUGGUAGAUUGUGUGUCAAGACAGACUUAAUCCAAAAAGGUGCACUCUCUUUAAAUAUUGAAACCAUCAAAAGAAAUGAUGACUGGGAAUGGGCUCCAAUUAAAAACCUUCAGCUCAGGCCCUCGCCUUAUACAAUUGAUGAGGAUUAUCAUCAUUAUGUGCUGGUGGUUGAUACAAAAGAAAUGUCGGAAAAGAGAGCUGAGCCACCUAUUGCGCUUUACAUGGAUGGACAUAUCACAAGUAGUAGUUCUGAUUGGGAGUAUCCUGAAGAGAUUGGCACUAUUAUUCGUGGCAUCUGGUUGGGAUCGAUUGAGCCGUUGAACGACCGUUACCAAGACCCUUGGGACAAUACUGUCAAUCUGGAGGCUCAUUAUCGUGAUGUUCGUGUAUGGGAACAAGGCUUUAGUGCAGAUCAAGUUGUCAAAAUCUACAAGUCAGGUAAACCAACUGUUGCUAGUAAAACUGUGAAGACCAAAUCCACGCCUGAAACUGUAAAUAAAGACCAUGCGGAGGAAGAAGAGGAUGUGGAGGAGGAGGAAGAGGAUGAAGAAUUGAUAUGGGCGGAUGAUGAUCAAAUGGACGAUUAA